AAUGACGUCAUAAGAUAAGCGUUGACAUUUGACAUUUCAAGUAGCGAGUCUUUGUUUUUAGUUAUGAAAUAAAUAGUAUUAUCAAUAAUAAACAUAAAGAUGUGCUAAAAAUAGAGAAAUACUAACUUUGUGUUGUUACCUUUUCAUUUGCUGCUGUAAAUUAUGCUUAGUUAGUUAGUUAUUUGAAAGAUAAGUGAGAAUCGUAUAUUUGAACUUUACGUGGGUUUUACGUAAAAAUCCUUCAUGAUGAAGCCUGGGAAGAGCGGGGAUGAGAAAGAGGAGAUAGCUGAAGUGCAUACAUCAUGCCGAUCACCGUCUCCAAAGCAGAAAAUGAAAAGAUCACGAAGUAGAUCGGGUUCACGAAAAAUGUCAAACGGUCACACAGCUCCCGACGAAAUAGUGGUCUCUGAAGAACCUGCCAAUGACAAAUCUAAGCGAGACAGCUGGAUAAAGUCCGAACACGAGUCCUUAGACACAGAACUACCAAUACACGAUCAAAUAAAACAAGGUAUCCUAGGUUUUGUAGAAAAAGAAAUUAAGAAAUCAGAUAAGAAUCCUUCAUUUGUUUUUUAUUCUCAUGACCCGAAUGGCUUGGAUGAGAAGUUCAUGAAGUCUCUGUCGAGACCCUCCAGUGGACAUAAGGAGAAACGGAGUCCGUCUUACCGUAAGAAAAAGAGGCAUUCUUCUAAACACCGAGACAGGGACUUACAUGAUUUUGAAAUACCUGGGUCAAGUCUUAGUGCUUUAGAAAGGGUUGAUGACUACUUAAAAGAAUAUAACAAGGAUGAAGUAGUUACCCUUAGCGGUGAACUGGAAAUAGAAGCUAAUGAUGUGGAGAACAAUAAUGGUAUAUCUAAGGAGCUCCGUCACAAACCGAGGAAGACGAGACGGAAAGUCAGAGACGAGCGCCAGGACAGUAAUGCUAAUGGCAGAGAUAUUAGUCCUAAAGUGUUUAAGAGCAAGUCUAAGUUGGGGUCAAAGCCAGCUCGUCCGACAGACCUCACAGCCAUGCUGGAGACUCUAGAGUCCAGUAUGCCUUACCAUGACCAGUACAUAGACAACCCAUUCUCGUCUCCAUCGCCACUGACGUCACCGAAUGACGAUAGACUAGACCCGUUCGGGUCUCGCAGACCAGAGAAGAUAUAUAUGCAGGGUGGCGGGACCUUCCGAGCGGUGUCCAGGGAUAGGAUUCUGGAGUCCCAACAGUCCAGAGAUGGUGAUAAAUAUUUAAGACUGGGUGACUUAACACCCUUAGACGUGGCGCUAGCAGUCCAGAAGGCUUGGCGGUCAUCAGCGCCGGCCUGUCACGGUGUUCUAGGAGGCCUGUCUCUCAUGCACCUGCUAUUACUGAGUUACUCCGAUGCGUUGGAUGCAGGGCAUUUGUCUUUCCAUGCUGUUGUGACUAUGCCCUACGUAGCUACGUAUUAUUUCUUCUGUGUCCUGUGUCUACUAUCGGUUUUGGAUAGACUAGACGUAACCAGUUUAGACCUGACCCGCGGCCUGCAGCCGUACUUCCAGCCUAUUGUGCUAGUCAUGUUGUACACCGCGUGUCUGCUCGUGUGCACAGCGGCCCGCAUGUACGACGAGCUGAUGGUGUACCAGUACGCCCCACUAGUCAACAAUAUCACUAUAAGUGGGAAUGUUACUACGCCAACCAUCCCAUCCUUCUACCACACUUGGACGCACUUUUCGAUAUGGCGAGCGGUACUCUCAAUACUAGGCCUGGUGUACUUCAUAAUAUCGAAUCCACAAGACUUGGUGUUCACGAAUCUCAGUAAGCUAUUACAAUUCAAACAUUCCUUGCAAAGUAUUGGAUGAUUCUCGCUUAAUUAGAUUAAUUGUUGGUAGUUGUAUGAAUGUUUGUAUGGCCUAGUGUAAUGUGGCAAGGGUUAAAUGUACAUGUUUGAAAAUAAUACUGGCUUCAAAUGAAACUCCUGAUUUUAUAUUUUGACAUAUUAUAUAUAUUUGAAUCAGGAAUUAAAAUUUCAUUUUAUCAACUAAACUUUAAAAUUUGUUAUGAUAAAUAAUUAAUUAUAAGACUUUACAAUAUGCACAAUGAAUUCAUUUUAAAUAGACAAUCUGAUAUAUUAUACAAUAUAAAAAUGAGUAGGUACCUAUUAACCAUUUAUUGAUCUCUCAAAUUUGACAAAACUGGCCAUGUACAAUGUACAUAUAUUACCUUUGCCACACAAACUCUUAUUUACUAGACAAUGUCGGUUAUAAAUACAUAAUGUAUGAAGUGAAUGUUGGCUUCCAUUGUAUAAGUAAGCUAGUUCGACAUUUAUCACCUUAAAUAGGGUGCAUUUGUAGCACUGAUCAUCUGACAGCUGUCAAAAUAAGCGCGAAACUCGAGACUGCUAUUUUAAUGACAGCGCCAUCUGUGUGUACAUCUAUGGAGUUAGUCUUUCUUAAAAACAUACAGCACUGUUUUGUUCAAAGUUUAUCGUAAAAUAAAUCUCAUUCCAUACAAAAUAGUUUUAGGUUUAGUACAUCCAAUAAUAUUUAUUUGUUUUUUUUUAUGCUCAAUUUUUUUUCGUACUUUAAGUUCGCAUUGCUAAAAGCACAAUGUACAAGUAUAGGUUUAAUACGCACAGUUGCGUUAUUUUAAAAAGAAAAUAAUUUAUUAUUUUGUCGUGGUUAUGGUAUUCUAUUUAAGUUUUAACUACAAAUAAGACUGCUUCUAUUCAAAAGAAUUGCAUUUAAUUUUAUAUUCUAACUUAAUACACUGUUUAUAUUAAACAUGUUAAUAAACCCACAAAAACCUCUUGUAAGGAAAUGAAUAAUAUGUACUUAACUGUAUUUUUUAAAACUUCUAAAUACCAAAAUAUAUUUUAAAAACCUUAAUCUUACUUGAAACCAAAGUUACAAAACAUUUUGCCAAAAUAUAAAACAUAGUCUAAUAGAAACACCCACCCGUAAUGUUUAAUAAAUGCUUAGAUCUUUCAACAAUUUGUGGACCCCAGUCAUAUUGCAACAAAUUGAAAGGCAAGUCAGAAAUUGAAAUUAUUAUAUAUAGUAAGACACAACGGAAUUUAUAUUUAUUAUAACACUUUAACUAAUGCAAGUAAGGGAUCCUUUUGUAUCUGUUAUUAAAAAAUACUUGCUAAAUAAGACUAAUUUAAAAUAUGAGUUGCAAAUAAAAUCACUUUCCCUAUCUAAAAAUAAAAGUAACAUAUAUAGAUACUUGCUAAAAUAUAUCACUAGCUAUAAAAAAUAUUAGGAUCAUAAUUUAUUAACACCUUUUGCAAGAUUAAUAUUCAAUUGGUAACAGAUCUAUAGGUAAUAAAUAAUACAGAAACAUAUAUCUAGUCGUUAUUUUUAAGGGACCAUCGCUAAACUAAAUCGUUUGCGGCAGCUACUUAAAAUAUCUUUAAUAUACUAGUCCAAGAGGUCAAAACCUUAAUAAAGAUCACUGGCUUCUGAAAACGUACAUAAAAAAAGUUAAUGAUCUGUCAAAACAAGGGCUGUAUUGAUUGGUACAUUUGAUUAACCAAUCGCAUUCAAUGACCAUUUUGACAGGUGAUUAAAAUCCGAAGCUAGAGGUCAGGAUUGACUUAAAAUAAAAUGACUUUAAAUUAUAAUUUAAGUUGUGAUGUUUGGUCUGCAGGACCAAUAUUGGCACAAAUAUUGGAAUAUGUGAUAAGAAAUGUUUAUUCGACGCAUUAUAAUUGAUUCAGUGCUAUAUCAUAAUAAUAUGUUAUUUACACUUCACACUAUUUAUUGCAAAUAUCAAUGUAUUGCAGGUAGUCCAUAAUAUAAGAAUAAUUCUAAUAAAAGAAAACGUAUCAUAUCUCGAUUAUUAUAAAUGCUAUUUUCAAUUGAAUAAAAAUAUUCUAGUCAAUGUAACCCAAGUCUGCAUAAUGGGUGGCUGUAGCACAGUUUUUAUUUGCAAACCUUUUUACAUGAAUAAUGUGUAAGGCGUGUAAGCUAUAUUGCAGACUUGGCUAUAAAGAAACUAUUUAUAAAUGCAUAGUGCCUAAAAAGCACUGUUUAUAAUAAAUUAAAAAAUAUAAUUACAAAAGACCGUUAAGAUAUUAAUACAAUUUUAUCAAAAAGAAAUUAGAGGAUUCUUUGUUUUUUUCCUCUGUCAGAUCGUGGCUUGAUUCGAAAUUAUAGACAUAAUUAUUAAAAUAAUAUUCAACAACUGAGUUGCUGAUUAAUACUUUAGGUUAUGCCACGAUUUCUUGUAUAAAAACAAUCUUAUUCAGAAAAUGUAAAACGAUACAAAGAAUCUCUUUAUUAAAUUAUGCAACGGUUUACUCACGCUUAUUUAUCGGGACUGCCCGAUUAGUUUUGGUCUCAUGAGAUGACGCGGCGGCGGCAGCGAUAAAUACGCCUGAGUAGAUCAUUUUAUAAAUAAAUUGUUUUUCUUAAUAGUUUUGUAUUUAUGUUGGAUGAAUUUGUAUCAAAAUAGACGUAUUUCGAAUACUUAAACGCAACUUGACACGUCCUUUAAUGUCUAUCUCUUGUUACUUUGCACCUUGAAGUAACAGACAAAAUGAGACUUUAAGGCGACUGAAAACUAAGUGAGGUUUCAGUAUUCGGUCUUUAUGCCGAACAUUCCUUGUUAGUAUUUAACUGUAUAGUAAAAUAAUAUCGACUGUUGACAGAUGUAAUUCAAAAUAAAACCAUUGAUUUGUGAUAUAUUA